AUGAAAUUCUACGAAAGCUCCUUCAAUUACGACUAUACAUUCCCUGCCGUGACCCUAGCAUAUUUCCUCCGGUACCCGAAUCCUUACUCACGCCAUGUCUUGAGCUCCGAUGUCAUUGAUCGCUAUGUCGACCCGGAGACACAGCGAUUACAUACUAUCCGAUUGCAUCUGAAAAAGUCGAAAGUUCCUGCGGGCAUUUUGAAAUUUCUUCCGCGUGGCCUUGCUGGACCCGGCGGCGCAAGUCAAAGUUACAUUCUUGAAAAAACGACAAUCGACGUGAAAGAGGGCUGGAUGGAGACCGAGUCAAAAAAUAUGGAAUGGACAGGCAUAUUGAGUGUUGUGGAACGCCAGAGCUUUCGACGUCAGCGUUUGAAUGAUCUAGCAGAAGGCUCGAACAAUGACGUCGAACUUGCCAAAGAAACAACCUCAUGCAGAACCGUCGUGACAUUUGUUUCUCACCUUGGUCAAGGCAAGCUUCUCAGCUGGAGGCACAAAGACAAUCAUAUUGAAACACCAGAGGAGGAUGUGCCGAAGCAAGGUUUCUUCGCCUCGCUGUCCACGGCAGGCAUCCAACGCACAGUGGAACUCAUUGGAGUCAAGAGGACGAAGUCAGCCCUCGCCAACGGAAAGGAGGGCAUGAACGUGGUAUUGGAGAGGCUUCGAAGUGGUGGCAUUGUGGGUGUUUUGGAGGGCAUGAGACGAGAUCGUUUGGAGACAGUCGCUGGAGAGGGACGUUGA